UCGAUCCUUCCACAAGCAUGUCAAACAAACUCAAUAAGACUGAGAUGGAGAAAUUCGAUAAGUCAAAAUUGAAGAAGACAGAAACACAAGAGAAAAAUCCUCUGCCUUCAAAAGGAAUGAUUGGACAUGAGAAGCAAGCUGGUGCGUCGUUAAUGAGGUGA